GAUCGAUUCAUCCCGAUCGAUCCAGCCGGCGGCGAGGGCGCGUGGUUUUUGCUCGUGCAUUGUAGGCAGACCGGCGGCAGAGGAACCUUUCGGGGGUGCGAAUAUGCCGGCAGUAGUACAUAACUAGUUCUAGUUGCACGCCACCGCGGGAGAAACAAAUGUGGCACACGCCUUCCUCCGUUCCUUGGUUCGGGCUACGCGCUGUCUCGUUCUCGUCGUUUCCAGCCCGGACGCGCGAGCCGAAACUGUGGACACCCGAUGCCUCACCGGACGGACCCGGUAUGUUCCAACACGUCGGUGUCUUCUUCCCUUCACCUCACCAGGACGCGGAACCCGCUGAAAAAGGAACACGACGCACCUUCUCACCCUACGAGCGCCCACAGCUUUCGGCCGGGAGAAACAAGUCAGUGCUCCGUGCUCUAUAAAUAAUAAACUACUACGUGGACGUUUUCAAGAGAAACAGAGCUCGAGUGCCCCCAUUAAGCUACACUUCAGGCCAGGCGGCCGGCAUGUGCAACGGGCGGGGCUGCAAGCGGGAGUCCGCCGUCCGCGCGUCGCUGCGCCUGGGCGAGCGCCAGACUGCGUCCGCGAACGGCGGGGUCGGGCCUGGCCGGCACGGCGCGACGACGGAAGCUGCAGAGGCCCAGGGUGAUCAGACGGUGACGACGGCGAGGACUGGCUCGUGGAAGGCGGAGGCGGUGGAGCGGGAGGAGACGCGCCGGGCGACGGGAGCGGCCGAGAUCGCCAGGACGGAGAAGCUCCUCUACUUGCUCCUGUGGGGGCCGAACUGACCGACCACCAGCUUGAUAAAUGGUCUACGGAUAUUUGAACGUGAGGUCUAUGUGCAAUUCGGGUUUGCUAUUUCAUAUCUUUUUUUUUUGACUAGAUGCAAUAUACUUAUCUCAUAUCUAAGUCCAGAACCGUUGAUCUUGUU